GAUUAUAUCCUACAUAUCCAAAGAAAUUAGACAUUAUAGGGAAACUCUCAGUAUUAAUUUUAAAACGGGGGGAAAUGUUUCCUCUGGGAACAGAUGGUUCUUAUAUUUUAAUUGCGUUCCUGCUCCCUGCCAAUUCAUUUGGGUGUUAUACAAGGAUACAGAGGGAAAAGGUAAACCAUUUCCCCUCAGGUACACUGGUGUAGUGGAAAGAGCAUCGAAUUGGGUGUUGUGAAACCUGGUCUCUGUUGUUAGCUGUGGCACUAAUUAGCUAUGUGAGCAACCUUGUACAAAUUAUAUUUUCUCUGGACAUCAGUUUUCUUAUCUAUAAAAUAAAGUCAUUUGGACUAAAUCAUAUUGAAGACUCUGAUGUACUUUCUGUGUUUCUCUCUUUUUUUUUUUUUGGUCUUUUUUCUAAGUGCUCAAAUACUACACUACUUAAGGUAUAUUCCCUAGCAGUUUUUUUCUCCCUCUCUGUCUCUUUCUUCAAGACCUGGCCUAGGAGGGUACUGAGUAAGCCCGAAGGAAAGCAGGAGGGAAAUUAGCUACAGGAAGAGUUUGCACCCCCUCGCCCAGGAGGCCGAGUGCAGCUCCCACCGCCUGGGAAGGAAUGAUUUAUGUGCAGACAGCAUUUUCCAGACAAGCUCUGUACUUUUUUGCCAAGAGAAUAAACUUUAAACUGAAGGCAGUAGACAGUUAAACAAGAGUCGGCACUGGGAACAGCUGUGAGUAGACAAGACCAGUGACUUAUAAGGAGGCGACAGAGAUCGGAUGACAGCAAAUCAUGAGAGCUACCUCCUCAUGGCGAGCACCCAGAAUGAUAUGGAAGACUGGGUGAAGUCCAUCCGCCGAGUCAUAUGGGGACCUUUUGGAGGAGGCAUUUUUGGGCAGAAACUGGAAGAUACUGUCCGUUAUGAGAAGAGAUACGGGAACCGCCUGGCUCCCAUGUUGGUGGAGCAGUGCGUGGACUUCAUCCGACAGAGGGGGCUGAGAGAAGAGGGUCUCUUCCGACUGCCAGGCCAGGCCAACCUGGUGAAGGAGCUCCAGGAUGCCUUUGACUGCGGAGAGAAGCCGUCGUUUGACAGCAACACGGACGUGCACACAGUGGCGUCACUUCUCAAACUGUACCUCCGAGAGCUCCCGGAGCCAGUCAUCCCAUACGCGAAGUACGAGGACUUUCUGGCAUGUGCCAAGCUGCUCAGCAAGGAAGAGGAAGCGGGUGUUAAGGAAUUAGCAAAGCAGGUGAAGAGUUUGCCAGUGGUCAAUUAUAACCUCCUCAAGUAUAUUUGCAGAUUCUUGGAUGAAGUACAGUCCUACUCUGGAGUUAACAAAAUGAGUGUGCAGAACUUGGCCACUGUCUUUGGCCCCAAUAUCCUGCGCCCCAAAGUGGAAGAUCCUUUGACUAUCAUGGAGGGCACCGUGGUGGUCCAGCAAUUGAUGUCAAUGAUGAUUAGCAAACAUGAUCGCCUUUUCCCCAAAGAUGCAGAACUGCAAAGCAAGCCCCAAGACGGAGUGAGCAACAACAACAAUGAAAUUCAGAAGAAAACCACCAUGGGUCAGCUACAGAACAAAGAGAACAAUAAUACCAAGGACAGUCCCGUUAGGCGCUGCUCUUGGGAGAAGCCCGAGUCUCCCCAGAGGAGCAGCAUAGAUAAUGGAUCCCCCACAGCUCUGUCAGGCAGCAAAACUAACAGCCCAAGGAACAGUGUUCACAAGCCGGACGUCUCUAGGAGCCCCCCUCUUAUGGUCAAAAAGAAUCCCGCCUUCAAUAAGGGCAGUGGGAUUGUCACCAAUGGGUCCUUCAGCAGCAGUAAUGCAGAAGGUCUUGAGAAAACCCAAACCACUCCCAAUGGGAGCUUACAGGCCAGAAGGACCUCAUCACUGAAGGGGUCCGGUACCAAAAUGGGCACCCACAGUGUACAGAAUGGAACAGUACGAAUGGGCAUUUUAAACACCGACUCACUCGGGAACCCCAUGAAUGGUCGCAGCAUGAGCUGGCUGCCCAAUGGCUACGUGACCCUGAGAGAUAACAAGCAGAAAGAGCAACCCGGAGAGUCAGGCCAGCACAACCGGCUCUCCACCUAUGAUAACGUCCAUCAACAGUUCUCCAUGAUGAACCUUGAUGACAAACAGAGUGUCGACAGCGCCACCUGGUCCACUUCCUCCUGUGAAAUCUCCCUCCCUGAGAACUCCAACUCCUGUCGCUCCUCCACCACCACCUGCCCAGAGCAAGACUUUUACGGUGGGAACUUUGAGGACCCUGUUCUGGAUGGGCCACCACAGGACGAUCUUUCCCACCCUGGGGACUAUGAAAACAAAAGCGAUCGGAGGAGUGUGGGCGGCCGGAGUAGUCGUGCCACCAGCAGCAGCGACAACAGUGAGACGUUUGUGGGCAACAACAGCGGCAACCACAGUGCCCUGCACAGUUUAGUGUCCAGCCUGAAACAGGAGAUGACCAAGCAGAAGAUAGAGUAUGAGUCCAAAAUAAAGAGCUUAGAGCAGCGCAACCUGACGCUGGAAACAGAAAUGAUGAGCCUCCACGAUGAACUGGACCAGGAGAGGAAAAAGUUCACGAUGAUAGAAAUCAAAAUGCGCAACGCAGAGCGAGCGAAAGAGGACGCCGAGAAGAGAAACGACAUGCUCCAGAAAGAGAUGGAGCAGUUCUUCUCCACGUUUGGGGAGCUGACGGUGGAGCCCAGGAGAACCGACAGAGGAAACACGAUAUGGAUCCAGUGAGCCUGCUUUCUCCGGCCGCCUCGGCCCAUCUGGGGAGGACUCGGGGUUCCUGUGGGAGUGUACGUGGGAUCAGGUGACAGGUCACCUGGCUGUACAGUGCUCAGUCUAGCUGGUGAAGGAAUAUCAUUUACAGACGUGACCCAUCCAUAUCCGCAGUGUGUACCAAAGUUAUAUCGCGCCCCAUGUGCUACUGUCAAGUGUUACAACUGGAUAUGUGUAUAUAGAGUAGUUUUUGAAAAGUAAACUAAAAAGGAGAGGCAUAUCUCAAGAAUUAUUUUAUUGCAAGUCUUGUAUUUAAAAUGUUAAUUCAGUAUGUUGUUGCAAUUUAGCUUGCUUUCAAGCUUCACCCCUUGCACUUAACAUAAGCUAUUUUUGGCAUUGUGUUAUCAUCAGCUUAUUUUAUAGAUCAAUAUUUUUAUUUCCCUUUUUGCUGAGGAAAUGAAGAUAAGCAGAUAUAUAAAAAUAUAUAAAUAUAUAUCAGAUGAGUUAUUAAAAGCAAAAGAAUACUUUGUGGCUGUGCUGUUUGUGCCAAUAGACCUUACCAUGACCAAAAAGAGAAAUGUAGAGCAUUUUACGAAAUACAGUCGAAUCACCAGGAACCUUUGAACCACUUUUCAAUUCAUCCCUUGACACUGCUCAGUUUUCUUUGUGGUGAUUUGAUACGGGAAAUUUUGGACCAUGUGAAAAAGUCCCUUUCUCCAGCCCCCUGGUCUGCCUGGCCAAGUCCACGGAUGCCUGUCUGCUAUGCAGGGUGCACCUUAGAGGGGGAAAUGGGGAAGAAAACCAUUUAACCAUCCCUGCCUUGAAUUCCUCUGUGCUCGGGCCUGGAUCUCUGUGACUGCUGGAUGGUCGCAUGAGAAAGGCCUCCUGCCAUCUGGGAGUUGGGAAGCAGCGGUUAGGCCCCUUCCCACGCCUGCAGUGCCCUUGCAGGAGCGCCGGGCUUCCCCUCAGGCCUUCCCCCGCCCCUUAGCUGCACCUUGGGACACCGCAGUGAGAUAGUAGCCCUGUGUCCCUCUCAGUUAAACUGCGAGAGAGUGUGCCUCAGAGCGACAUUCUCUUCUCACUCAGGCCCGCUGUUCUUGGCCGUCUGGAUUCUCUCUGAAGGACACAGCAGGCAAAGGCAUUUUGCAGCUUGGCAGCAAGAGAGAGGUGAUGGGGGAGAGGGGACCAGAAGAAGGAGACAGAAGAAACUAAGUUUUGCUUCUCAUUUUUACAGUAUUGUUCUUCCCUGUUGGCAACAUAGUCAUUCACAAUCAUUUUAAAAUGUGGAUGCUUAAAGGUCCAAUUUUGAUAUAUUUGUGAACAUUAGUAAUGACAAGUUUCUAGAGAAGUUCAGGUUUCUUGGGAGCUAGUUUUGGGAGAACCGUUCUUCACAUGUUGAUAAGACAAUGCUUUUAAGGAGCAAAGCACAUCUGUCUCACAGGAAACAGAAACUCACUUUUAACGGCAUAAUCAGAAAUAAAUACCACUUGAGUUUAUGGGA